AUUGCUCACGUGUUGAGUUUGUUUGUGGCAUCUGUUUCCAUGUAUAGGUUAUAGAAAGUGACUCCAGGGAAGUGCCAACGUGUACGCUUAUCAGACUGUAUGACAUUUUAAUAAUAAAAAUGCAAAAAAAGAUAAAAUGAUUUAUUAAUUUUCUUUUUAAAAGAAUUGUCAGUAAGAAACAUGGUAUCUAAUUCAAAAACACAGCAAAGAAAUGGUCAUACACUAAAAUAUUUUAGUUUAAUUACACUGACAUUGCAAAAUGCUAUUGUUGGACUUAGUAUGCGAUAUGCACGUACGAGAUCAGAUGAUAUGUUCCUUUCUUCAACAGCUGUUUUUAUGGCAGAAAUUGUUAAGCUUAUAACAUGUCUAAUAUUAGUUUUCUUGGAAGAAAAAAAGUAUUCAAAGUUUUGUGAAUCUUUAAAACUGACAAUUAUAAAACAACCUAUUGACACUAUAAAAGUGUGUGUGCCAUCACUUUUGUAUAUUAUACAAAAUAAUCUUUUAUACGUAUCGGCAUCUAAUCUAGAUGCAGCAACUUAUCAGGUGACAUACCAACUAAAAAUUUUAACAACAGCAUUUUUCGCAGUAGUGAUACUGCGAAGAUCCUUAAGAAAUACUCAAUGGGGAGCUCUAAUACUGUUAGUUAUAGGAGUAGUAUUAGUGCAAUUAGCUCAAAGUUCAAAAACUACUUUACCAUCUGGAAUAGAACAAAAUCAUAUAUUAGGUUUUUCCGCCGCAUUAAGUGCAUGCUUUUUAUCAGGUUUAGCUGGUAUAUACUUUGAAAAAAUACUUAAAGACUCAGAUAUAUCAGUGUGGAUGAGAAAUGUACAAUUAAGCUUACUGUCAUUACCCUUUGGAUUAAUUACAUGCUUUAUAAAUGAUAGUGAAAUGAUACGAAAACAAGGAUUCUUCUUUGGGUAUGAUUUAUUUGUUUGUUAUUUAGUUGUUCUUCAAGCAGGAGGUGGUCUUAUUGUUGCUAUGGUAGUUAAAUAUGCUGAUAAUAUACUUAAAGGUUUUGCUACAUCUUUAGCUAUUAUUAUUUCUUGUAUAGCUUCCAUAUAUCUUUUUGACUUCAAUUUGACUUUUCAGUUUUCAUUAGGUGCUAUUUUAGUAAUUUCUUCAAUUUUCAUGUAUAGUUACCAACCAAAAUCAACAUUUAUUGAUAAAUAUUCUCCACCAAUUUGAUAAAGCAUAAUGUGAAAUUAAAAGAAAUGUGUAUUUAUUAAAUAGUAUAAUAAUAUUUAUAGCGGUCUGCUUAGAACUGAAUAAUUGCCAUUUUGAAAUUAUUACAAGCACUAUGCAGAUUUAAAAGUAGAAUUAAGGAAUUGUCAGUUUGUAAUCUGCAUGUGAUCCAGCCCCCCCUUUUUGUUUUAUUCAUAAGGUAUAGAAGAUCAAUACUAUUCACAUGUACUAGACUGUCAGCUUUGUGUAUCAUUUGCUAUCAAUUGUCAAUUGUUAUGUUAGCUGUUUCCAAGUGUUCAUAGUGUUUUGUAAAGUUAUAAUUUCAAGGAUAGAAUAAGGUAUUAGAAGAAAUCCAUUUGAAAAAGUUUAUCUUUCUUUGUUCGGUUAUACUACCUUCUCCUAUACUGUUAUCUAAAUGAAUUGUGAUACAUAUAAUUGAAUGAAUUAGUAGCUGAUAGAUUACAAAAGGUAAUUGUAUUAACGACUAAGUAUAUUAUAUCAUUUAAUCAUAAUAUUUUGUUAUAGUAUUUCGAUUAUGUAAUAGUUUUGAUUAAUUCUUUUAUUAAUCACAAUAAUGUAAUCUAUAAAUAGAUUGUUUCACUGUCGGGUUAUAGUAAAUAAUAUUGAAUUCAUAUUUCUAUGAAUUGUUACCUUUCGCAAGGAAGAUGAUUGCAAAGUAAUUCAGCACAUUUUUAUACCAAAUUAACAGAUGUACCACAUGUAUUCCUAUAUAAAAUAUUCUUCUGAAAAUAUUGUGUGCUUGGAUAUAUUCACGGAGAAUAAUAUCUGAAUAAGUAGAUGAACAGGAAAUUAAUAAAUAUAUUU